GUCGACGUUUUGAUUCGUUCGUAUCGGCAUUCACAAGAAUUUCACCGACAUUUAGUUUAGUACCGUUUUUGGCUGCAGUCGCACUUCGGACAGUUUAUUCUAAUUGUGUGCUACCAUCCCAUACACAUACAAAUCAAAUAAUUGUUAAAGUUAAUAUUAUUAACCACACCAUAUUAAAUGCUAUUAUACACGGGCCGAGCAAAGCCAUUUUGAAAGCGGUCUACUCUCCAUACACACAACAACAACAACAAAACCACAAAAAAAAAAUUCAAUUAAAUCAAUUGUAUCCGUAAUAAAGUCCAAAACACAGAGCAAAAAAAAAAAGAAAUCAAACUUAAUGAUAUGAGUUGUAUGUUUAUCGAGUUGAAAUCUAAAUGUAAUAACUAUUUUCUAUGAAAAUCGAGUGUUUCCGCAUCGGGAAAAAGUUAAUAAUUCAAUUUAAUGUUAACGCCAAAUAUAAUUCGAAAAGAAAAAGCGCAUGCAACAAGUUAAAAUCCCAAACCAGCCAGCCAGCCAGCCAUCCAGCCAGCCAGCGAGCCACAAGUUGUAAACCAAGUUAGAACCGUCGUACUCACAGAUACAACAAUACAUAUACCCGACCGAAGUACCGAACACCAAUACGAAUGAAUGCCCGGUGUACACACACACUAUCAAACACACUAACAAAUACACACGCAGACUAUAACAAUGUCAAGUGAAAACAUUCUCUGGAAGCAACAGGUUUCCCCUUAAUAAGUGUUAUAAAGAAGCAACCAACAGUCAUCACCCAGAACUGUGUUUUUCGUUUGAAAAAAAGAGCGAGCGGAGAGAAGAAAUAAUACAUAUAUAUAUAUAUAUUAAAAUAUAAAUAUAUUAUAUAUAAAAAAUACAAGAAAAAAGAAGCUAGAGAAAGAGAAGAUCCCCCAUCCAGUCCUAGGCAAGAGGCAGAGCCAAACAAAUAAUAAUAAUAGAAUAAUAAGCGAAAAAAAAAAAAACGUAGACAGUUCAUAAGUGGGUUAAAAUAGAAACAACAACAACAACAACAAAUUAGUGUGACUGCAACCGAGUGGAACCACAACCAGAACCAACCCCGGAAUCCAGAUCUUGGCCCCUAAAACUAACCAAGAGUUCUUAGACCGCAUCCACCUGAGAGAGUCAAAGACAGAGCCGAAAACCUCAAAGAACCGACCAUGGAAUUCUACGAUGGCGACCUCAAAGAUAUAUGGGAUUCCGACUUAGAUCCGGAAUCCUUGAAAAUCAGCCCCGAUCACGAUAUGCACGACUGGCUGUUCGAUCGCGAUGUCAAAGAUCCCACCGUCAUACUCAACGACAAGCUCAUCUCGGAUGCACUCCUCAAUGGCACCCAGCCGAUCAAGACGGAGCACUCCUACAGCCUCAACAGCGACGUUGAUUCCCUGCCCGAUUCACCAAAAAGCCUUCAGGCCAAAAUCGAGGACAUGGACGACGAGUGCUAUCCUGCCAUUUCAUUAAAGACGGCCACCAGCGGGCGCGCCACCAUCGACCCCAAGUGCCUAACCCUCCAUCCCCCGCCCACCACGCACAUCAGAAGCCUGAGCAGCAAUCCCGCCCUGAACACAUCCGUUGUGGAGCUGAGCAGCCCCUCCCUGACCCUCACACGGUCCGGACUGCAGGGCCUGCAAUCACAGCAAUCACAUCACAGCGUCCAUGGCUCCAACUCUGGCCACGUGGUGGUCGCAGCCCUCGAGCACUUUCAACUACCUCAGCACCUGUACGACAAUGACUGCAGCUCCUCGGUGUCAUCGCUGCGGGAUGGCAGCAUGUCGCCAGAUAUUUGUUCCGACAUCGAGAUCGACGAAUCGGCCAUCAAGGAUGAGCCCAUGUCGCCGGACUCCAGCUGCCCUGCCAGUCCCAAUUCGCAGGGGAGCAGCUCCCAGCACCAGCUUAGCCUCAACCUGGCCCACCUGCAAACUGAGAUGUUAUUCGAACAGAAGCACGGUGGCCUCCUGUUGACCGCCAGCAGCAACAACAACAGCCUCAUCAAGUCCCAGCAGCGACAGCAACAGCUCCUCGGUCAGGGUGAUCUUCUAAUGACCAAAAUGGAGAUCAAGAGCGAAAAACAGAGUCCCGGCAGCAGCACCAGCACCAGCUCCAGCAAUAGCAGCACCAGCAGCGGCAAAUCACAUGCACAUGGUUAUGGAAUACCGCUAACGCCACCAUCCUCCCUGCCCAGCGAUGACUCUGAAGGUAACUUGACACCGGAACAUUUGUUUUCGCCACUGUCGCCCAACGCUUCCGUUUCUAUAUCCGUGGCCAAUGCAGCCGGCGGCGAGUCAUCCGUUAUGGUACGCCGUAACGCUGCCGGUAUUACCCGUUCUGCCAGUGGUUCCGGCUCUACCUCCAGCUCAACAACGACAACAACAACGACCCGCCAGCCGAUCCAUACGCCGCUAAUUAGCUCACAGCCGAAAGGAUCCACCGGAACUCUGCUGUUAACGGAGGAGGAGAAGCGAACUUUGCUGGCCGAAGGCUAUCCGAUACCCCAGAAACUCCCACUUACCAAAGCCGAGGAGAAAUCUCUUAAAAAGAUUCGACGUAAAAUCAAAAAUAAAAUCUCUGCUCAGGAAAGUCGACGCAAGAAGAAGGAGUACAUGGAUCAGCUGGAGAGACGCGUUGAGAUUCUCGUGACCGAGAACCAUGACUAUAAGAAGCGUCUGGACGGACUGGAGGAGACCAAUGCCAAUCUACUUAGUCAGCUGCACAAACUGCAGGCCCUAGUUAGCAAGCACAAUGUUAAAAAGUCCUAAGCCCAGAUCCAGAGCCGAAUAGCCUCUGGGUCCGGAUCCGUUUCUUGUUUCCCCGCCUUCCCGAUAUAUUGUAGUAAUUGUAGUUUCUACACAUAUAUUUAUCCGUAUGUUUUUUUGUUUUUGAAUUAAUUGGUCCAGGAGUUUAGCGUGAGAGUUAUUUUUUUAUUUUUUGUGUUUAAGAAUUUAUGCGAUGAAUUUUUGUAUUCGGCUUUUGGUUAGCACAAAGCGGUAAACAUUCCCCUCCCUCCUACUCCAACGCAACCAACUCUCACUACCGAUCUAUAGUAUGGAUACCAUACCAUAUACCAUAUACCAUAUACCAUACAAUGCAUAUAUGUAUGCUAUAAUAUAUAUUCCACUGAUUUAGAUGCCUAACAGCCUAAACCAUUAUUAUUAAUUUGUAUCUAUAUCCUAGCUAUUUUGUAGGGCGUAUAUAUUAUAUAGAGCUAUGUAUAUUAGUCAUGCAUUCCUGUUAUAUAAACUUGAUCUAGACUCUAGAGCUUAGGCGAUCGACCAGCUGCACUACUACAAUAGCAACAACAAUUCAAACAAGAAGCUCAAAAAUUAAAACAAAACAAAAAAAAAGAGUAAAAAUAAAAGAGAGAAGCUAAAAUAAUACAUUGUAUUGUAAUAAAACGAAAUCAACAGACCAAAAACAAAAGCAUAAAAAAACAGCAAACUUAUGAAAAAAAAAGUUAACGAAAAAUGGACAACAAAAAAAAAUUAAACAAAAACAAAAAAAAAGAAAGAAAGAAUCGCAUAUGACAUGCUAAGAUGUGGGCUCUAAAUAAAAAAUUAUCAAAUCUAUGAUUGAUCUAAGAGCAGCGACAUGUACAUUAUGUUUUAAUAAUGAUUGAAUGAUUGAACGAAAGACUCUCGGAGCCUAAUCUCUGUGCUGUCUUUGGCAUGACUCUUGUUCCUUUAAACGAUAUUUCUCAAAAAACAAAAAUGAAAGCUAUUUAAUGAGCUGAAUGAAGGAUAAUACCUAAACAAUUCCAUAAUUUAGCUAUGUAGAAUGAUUACAUAUAUAACAAACUAUGUCUGUAUGCAGCAUUUAAGUUUCUUUUUAUUUGUUUACCAGCAACAAUCGGGAUGGAGAUUCAAAUGAACGAAUUUAAGAUAUAGAACUCUCCGCCCUACCCGAUUCCCAAUUCCCGAUUCCCGAUUCGUUCUCCAUUUGUUGCGUUGCCUGGACUGGACGAAUUAAAAAAUAUCCGAGCCAAUCAAUUAUGAAAAAAUGAAUUAUUGUUUGUUAAGUUUUAUAUUGUAAGACAGCGCUGCACUAACCAAAUCAAAAUUGACAUUGAAAAUGAAUGAAUGAAAUUAGCAAUAUCCAAUUCAAUCAAAUUUUGCAACAAUGAUUUGGUUUUUUAUGUUUAUAUUUCAGUUUUAAUAACGAUCUAGUGCAAUUUUUUGGCAUAAAUAAUUAGACACAUACAUAUUUUUUGUAUUUCUUCACAGCGUUCUAAAUGAGUCAUUCUAGUUUAAAUUAGUUGAAUUUAUAUAAACAAAAUUACUUAAACGAAAUUUUAAGUCUAACGCAUUGAUUUCUUAUCAAAGGAUAUCAUAAAAAAAUAUAUAAUAAUUUAGAUACUUUAAUGUAUGUAUGUCCUGUGCAUGUGUGUAUAAAUCAAGCGGACAAAGUUGUGCAAUUGUUAGUAAAAUUACAAAAAAAAAUAAAUAAAAAGCAAGAAAUGUUUAGAAAAAUACCGGUAACAAAAAAUCGAAGUUGAAAAUCAAAACGCUUGUGCAAUGACAAACAAUUUUAUGAUAAAAUGCGUAAACGAAACAAAUUAAAAACAUUAUAUAUAUUAAAUAUACUAUUUUGGCUAUAGCAUUUUUAACGCAUAUAUUGUAUGUUAAAAGUUUAAAAGAAAACAAACAAAAAUGAAAAUAUAAACAAAAAAAUUGUAAAACUAUUAUGAUCGGUUGCUGUAAUUUGGCAAAAGUAAAAGUGCAAUUCCAAAUAAAAUUUAUACAACCAUAACAAC